GGGAUGAACAGAUUCGAGUUAAUCUCAGCGUUCCAGAAAAAACCCCAACUCCACUCCGAAGCAAGCAUUGUUCAAAGUUCUAUUUACUAGGAUAGAUUUUUUUGCCGGUCUUGUCCAUUUGUUAUAGCUAACGACCAUGGAGCAAGGAAAAGAUCCCAUGUCAGACACCCGGCCUGGACUAGGCGAGGUGGAAGGGAUUCCCUUACCACAAAGCACUUGUAAUGAAUGGGACCGGAUCCAGUGCUUCCAAGCCAAGCCAGAUGACGUACUUCUUUGUACUUACCCCAAAUCAGGUACCACUUGGUUACAAGAGAUAGUGGAUAUGAUCCAACAAGAAGGCGACCUGGAGAAAUGUCAGAGAGCCUCUGUGCAUCAUCGACACCCAUUCAUUGAAUGGGCAAGGCCAUUCCAGACCUUAGGAGUGGACCAAGCUGAUAUGAUGCCUUCUCCAAGGACCCUCAAGACUCACCUUCCUGUCCAGCUGCUCCCUAAGUCCUUCUGGGCAGAGAACUGCAAGUUCAUUUACAUGGCAAGAAAUCCCAAGGAUUGCCUAGUGUCCUAUUUCCAUUUCCAAAGAAUGAACAAAACGUUACCCCAUCCUGGAACAUGGGAGGAAUAUUUGGAGAUUUUCAUGGCAGGCAAAGUGGCGUGGGGCUCUUGGUACAAUCACGUAAAGGAUUGGUGGAAAGCAAAAGAUACUUACCGUGUCCUGUAUCUCUUUUAUGAAGACAUUAAAAAAGACCCAAAGAAUGAAAUCCAGAAGAUAAUGCAAUUUAUAGGGAAGCAAUUAGACAUGGCAACCCUAGACAAGAUUGUGCAUCAUACCUCCUUUGAAGUCAUGAAGCAGAACCCCAUGGUCAACCGAGCAAAUGCACCCCUGUCCGUCAUGGACCAGUCCAUUUCUCCAUUCAUGAGAAAAGGAAUGGUUGGUGACUGGAAAAACCACUUCACAGUGGCUCAAAAUGAAUGGUUUGAUGAAGACUACCGGAAAAAAAUGUUAGAUACUGAUUUGACUUUCACUAUGGAACUCUAAGGAUCCUUCUGAUUUUCAUUUCACUUGUUUUCCUGCUAUCCCAGUCUCAUUUGGUUCUCCUCCUCCAGCCUCCACAGUGCUUCGGUCACACUUUCUGGAGCCUCGCUUGUUCUAGUUUUCUGUAGAUCCUAUAUUUUGUUAAAUUGAUUAA